AUGGAUUAUUCAUAACCCAAAAUUUAAAAUUUUUUACAUAUAAUUCUUGUUUAAUUUAUAAAUCUUUUGAUAAUCUACAAAUAUCCUAUUGAGAUAUAAUAAGAGGAAUUGGUAUUGUUUAGGCUGAAUCAUUUAGAAAAACAUCUACAAGUUCAAGUUUAAUAAUAAAAGAAUUUUUCAUUUUAAGAAACUAUAGCAAAGUCACUUGAAGUGAUAAAUAUAAAUUUCUUGGACUUCAUCAAUAUCUUGAUAGCUAAUUACAAUAAGUUUUGGUUAAAUAUUAUUUACAAUUACUAUUUGUUUUUUCAGAAAUUAAUUUUGAAAUAAUUUAAAUCUAAAUUAUAUUAUAAAUUCUAUCACAAAAAAAAAUCAAAUUUCUUUAAUAAUAAUGUUUAUAAUAGUACCAAUACUAUUAUACACAUUAAAAAUAAGAAUAUAUUUUUUUUAAAUUGUAUAUGUUACUAGAAUUGUCAGCUAAAUUAUUAAUUAAAUUAAAUUUUUUGUUAUGGUGAUUGUUAUAAUUUGAAAAGGUAAAUUUAAAUUUUUCAAGUUAAAUCUACUUCAGGAGUAGAAUAAUUGUUUGUAGAAAAUAAAGAUGUUCAAUUUUGUAAUUUCGAAUAAUCUAUAGGAUGCAACAAUUUUUAAUUAUCAAUCUACAACUUUCUCCUAUGA